GGAAUAUCCUCAACAUCAGAAGACUGAACCCAUGCCACCAAGGGUAAACACUGCUCAGCGUCGUCUCCUCAAGGAGUAUCAACAGCUUACAAAGGACUGUCCGGAGGGAAUUGUCGCAGGCCCAGUGUCUGAAGACAACCUAUUUGUAUGGGACUGCUUGAUUGAAGGACCAAAGGAUACUCCUUAUGAGAAUGGGGUGUUUCCUGCUCGUCUUACGUUUCCUACAGAUUAUCCACUCUCACCACCAAAACUUGUGUUCACACCGUCCAUUUUACACCCUAAUAUCUAUGCAAACGGAGAAGUCUGUAUAUCCAUCCUACACCCACCUGGUGAAGAUCCGUUGCAGUACGAAAGACCUGAGGAGCGUUGGUCCCCAGUGCAGAAUGUUGAGAAGAUCUUACUCAGUGUAAUGAGUAUGCUCAGUGAGCCAAAUGUUGAGAGUGGUGCCAAUAUUGAUGCCUGUGUGCUAUGGAGAGACAAUAGAGAAGAGUUCGAAAGAAGGGUUCGAGCAGAUGUUCGUAAGAGUCUUGGAUUAUAGAACUGGGUGUUACAUGGUAGAAGAUGGAAUUGUUAAUAAACUCUGAACUAAUUACAUGUUAUGUACAAUGAGCCCUGAGUUAUAGAUUAUUUUUGGUCUUCGUUCACUUUAGCCAGUCUCUUAGAGUGAUUUCUAUAUUCUAAUGGCUCGUCAAGGAAACGAAGGAGUUUCUGGAAUGCAUUCUUUGGUUCACUAUCGCACGUUUCCUCGUUGGACUCCAUCGCAUUCUGAUCAUCGCCCAAGUAGUAGUUCUUCUGGAACAAUGAAAAGACAAAUGAAAUACACGUGACUCCAAU